UUUUAUUUAGCUAAACCUAUUAGAAUUAAAUUUCAAAAUUUUCAUGUAAAAAUUAACUUUAAUUAUAAUUAUUUCAUUAUGUUACAUAUGAACUAAGUAAAAAUGCCACGUCCACUCUUAAAAGAUACAAUUAAGAGCGAAUAUGUUAUCGAUGAAAAUCAUAAACCAUCGAAUAAAACAAUUAAAUUUAAAAAAUCCGUAACUACAACAAGUCGUAAAUUUAAUUCAACUGUGAAAAAUCGAGAUCGUUUAGUAGGAGGAGCAGAUGCUCCUGAGGAACAAAAAGACAUAUUGAAACUACCAGAAGAAACGGAAGAAAAAACUCGUACAGCUGGACCAUGUUGUACUUGUUUGGCGCAAGUACCAGGAACAACCGGAGAUAAGAAGGUGGAUGAAAUUAUUGAUUAUGUACAUCAAAAUUUACAAGAAGCGGGUAAAGCAUUGGCUACCUUAGGCGAAAAUUUUGAGCACGAUUCAAAGGUUGAGCCCUGUACGCAAGUAAAACCGUCAUGAAAUUGGGAAGACGAGGGUACAAUAAAUGAAAUCGUUUUAUAAAGUUGAAUAUAUAUAAUUAAAUAAUGAAUAAAUGAAUCUGUUCGAAACUCCCAAUUUCGUAAAACGAAUAAUAAUAAUGUUUUCUUCAAAAUAAAUUUAAUUUUAUAAAAAAUAUAAAUAAGCAUAAAAUAAUAAAUGAAAACUGAAUUUAUUUUUUAUGAAAGUUGAUGUUCGUCGAUAUACUUGGUCGAAUACAACAAUGGAGCGGUUUGGUUCAAAACAAAUUGGAUAUUUGUAAUAAUGAAAUCGAAACAUUGCGUGAAGAAUUAAUAGCACGAGCUUGUGAAAUCGAAAAUCUAAAGAAUUUAUUGGGAGAAUGCGAAAAAGAACGUGAAGCCGCUCUAAUUCAAGCGGCUAAAGCACAAGAAGAAGCAAUUCAAAUUGGCGAACGUUUUGAAAAUCAUAAAAAACUAGAAGAAGAAAAAAAAAAGAUGAUUCCAGAAAUAACUCCAAAAGAAAUAAAAGAACCAGAAAUAAAAGAAGUAAAAGAACCAAUAGAAAUAAAAGAACCAAAAGAAGUAAAAGAAAUAAAAGAACCAAAAGAAGUAAAAGAACCAAAAGAAGUAAAAGAACCAAAAGAAGUAAAAGAACCAAAAGAAAUAAAAGAACCAAAAGAAAUAAAAGAAAAAAAUGAGUCUGAAAAAGAAAAAAUAGAAAUUAUUUGCACGGAUGCAGCUAUUCAAUCAAUUUUGAAAGACAAAGAAAAAAGACGAGAAAUUGAACUUGAAGGUGAAAUAGCAAGACUCCGCAAAGAAAAUGAACGUAUUAUAAAAGAACGUGCUGAAUAUGAGAAUGCGAUACAACGAGCAUUACUUCGAGGUGUUUCAUCUUUGAAUGUCGAAGCAUUGAAAGUUUUACGUUGUCCACCAAUUCCAUGUUGUACUCCUUGUGCACCUUGUCCUGCUUCUGCUAUAGAAUCGGUUGUACCAUGUGCCAAGAAAGGCACUGCGUCAACUGGGAUCGCUAAAAAUUGCGGCACUAAACGUAUCGGUAACGGAACUGCCAUUCAUGAAGAAAAUUACACUGUGAAACGACCUUGCGCCAGUCCUUGUUGUUCUGCUGGAAAAAAUCGGCAAUCUGCAACGAACAAUAGUACGAUAUUUCUUCUUCAUCAGGGAGAUACAGAAAAUAUUUGUGGAUCAAAUAAUGUUUCAGUGCCAAUUUGCGGUUCUCCAGUUAUGAAAAAAAUUGAAAUACCUCCGUGUCCUAGAUUUACUAUAUGAUAAGAUUUUUCUAUCAUUAAAAUUAGCUAUUUAAUUUCGUUAAUGUUAUCCGCGAAGUUUUAUGCAUACAUUGCAAAUAAAUGAUUUAUAUUGUAUUUAUGUUUUCUAAAUAUGAUGUGAUGAUAAUAUAUAAUAUAAAAAGAUAAAUUCAUUCAAACUAUGCAUUUAUGAAUUAAAUUAUUAUGAUAAAAUUAUAUCGUAUAGUGAGUAUUUUGUUAAUAAAAAGUUGCGAAUUAUUUAAAUUGUAUAUUAUGAAUAAAGAAUAAUUGUAUAUUAUGAAUAGAAAUGAAAAAAAGAAAAAAAUAUACAUUAGAAAAAAUUGUAAA